AUGCAGAAGCUCAGCUCGCUCGGAGAUGCCUCGAGCAGGUUGACACUGGCAAAGGCCUCGAAGAAGCCGGAGCUCCACAAACCCGAGACCUAUCCUUGGACAGGUGCAUGGGGCGGCCCCGACCGCGACUGGACACCCGCGCCGCCAAGCGGCCCUCGCCUACGGAUUUGCCGGCCUCGCGCUGCGCAGCGCCUGGCGAGGACCCAGAAUGUGGAGGAAGUCCUGCACCGACCUCGCCUCUCCAGAGAGCUUCGAGAAAGCCUGGCAGAUUUAUCCGGCGUGCUCCAGGAUUCUAGAGGCCUGCGGAUCUUGAGGUCGAAGUUACAGACUGAGCCAGCCGCCGGCAUCACACGGCGUGCGUUGCGAACUCUGGUGGUGCUCCUGCCUUCCGAUGGCUCGAAAACGGGGCCUUUGGAACGCUGUCAACUGCCAGAGGAUGUAGACGGAUUGGUCCAUGUCCUCGACGAGGUCUCUCGCAAGCAGUUCGAGGAGGCCCGAGACCUUCUGCGUCGGCCGCAGUCACUGGAGGCAGACGCGCCGUCGGCGGCGAUCAUCAAUUUGGCGGUGCAGGUAUUGGCCUACUUGACUGCACGUUUCGUGCCGCCCCAGGCGUCUCCGGCAGUGGAGCCUGUUGAAGUGACUGCUCUUGAAGACACCGGUUCCAACGCAGCAGCCGCUCAAAAAGUGCUUCCUUCCGAGCCGAAGCAAUUUCCCGCCGAAGUACAAAAGCAGCUGCUGAAGAAUGGCAGCCUCAGAAGGGCCAUGCUGGCGGAUGUCUGCCUGGACUCCAUGAACUUCGAAGGCCACAAUCUGCAGGAGGCCUUUAUGGAGAAUGCCAGCUUCCGGAAAGCAACUCUUCGACGCUGUCGCCUCGACAAAGCCAGCCUAAGCAAAGCCAAUAUGACUGCCUGUUGCCUGGAGGGUGCGAACCUUUCUGAAGCCAUGCUGGAUGCCGCACAGCUGGGUCAGGCAAACGCGGUGGAUGCGAACUUUACUGACGCAAGCCUUAAUGGUGUCUCCAUGCGGACGUCGAACCUUAGCCGGGCCAACUUCCAGCAUGCCAGCCUCCAACGUGCUGUCUUGGCCAACAGCAGACUCGAAGGGUCCAACUUCGAGGAUGCUGACAUGACUGGCUGCAUCCUGGAUGGGGCCGUCCUGUCGAAAGCCAACCUCCUCCGGGCGAAGCUUAGGUCUGCCAGCCUGCGGUCCACACGCCUCGAAGAAUGUAACCUUGACGACGUUGACCUCAGCGCUGCGGACUUGCGCUCCAUCACGCUCGUGGACUCUCAUGCGCUGCGCGCCAAGCUGGGAAAGGCAUCGUUGAUGAAGGCUGUAAUCAAGAAUGCGGUUCUCGCGCACAGCUAUGCUGCAGAGUCUAACCUAUGUGGUGCACAGUUGGAAGCCGUAGAUCUGACAGGAGCCAACUUGACACGAGCCUUAUGCAGAAGUAGCAAGCUGACAAACGUCAGUUUGGCCACGGCUCAGCUUCUCGGAACUUCGUUCGACGAUGCUAAGGUGGAUGCGUCAGUUUUCGCGGAGACGGACUUGCGGCAGAGCAGCUUCGAAGAAGCUCAUAUAUCAGGCACUGCAUUUCACAAGUCGGACUUGCGCGGUGCACUCAUGACCAAAUCGGACCUUUCGCAGUGCGACUUCUCAGAUGCAAAUGCCGCAGGUAUCGGACUACAGAAAGCCAAGCUGCACAACUCCAACCUAGCACGGCUCUCGGCUGAAGGCGCUGCCUUAGACGAGGCGCAACUGAAUGGCGCCAAUCUCGAAGCCGUGAAGCUUGCCGCUUCCAGUGCCAAGCAGACCAACUUCGACCACGUGUGCCUUCGAGGGGCCAUUCUCUAUGGCUUGGCUGCCGGCGGCUCACGGUGGGAGGCAGCAGACCUUUCCAGCGCAGAUUUGACUGGGAGCUCGCUGAGCGGAGCCUUCUUUGGGAAAGCCUUGGUAAAGGAGGUCAAACUCAACGGCGCGGACUUGACUUUCGCCGAUAUGUCAGGUGCUGUGUUGGACGGUGCAAUCCUGGACUCGGCAGACCUCUCCGGAGCAAACCUGCGUGACACACACUUGGAUCAAACAAACUUCUCACGGAGUUGCCUCAAGAAUGCAACCUUGCAGAAUUCGACGGGAGUGUCGCCGUCCUUCGUGAAUGCUUGCUUGGAUGGAACGAGCUUCAGCUGCGCCUUUCUUCGCUCGGCCCAACUGCGGGAAGCACGCGGCCAGGGCACCGUGCUCAGAAGGGCGCGCCUGCCCUCAGCAGAUUUGGCCCAGACCUGCUUUCGCGACCUGGAAGCAGAAGCUGCAGAACUCGAGGGUGCGAACCUGGAGCAAGCAUCACUGGCAGCUGCGCGGCUUGUUGCUGCAAAGCUCUCUGGGGCAAGCAUGAAAUGUGCACAACUGCAAGGAGCCAAGAUGCAAAAAGCAAACCUAGCCGGAGUGCAGUCGCAAGAAGCGAACUUGCAAGGAGUAGACCUUCGGGAAGCAUGUUGUGAGAGUGCAUCGUUCGCCAAUGCCACGCUGCGCAGUGCAAAUCUCGACUCCACCAAGCUGGCCAAAGCAAGCUUUGAGGAGGCCGAAUUGACGGAUGCAACGUUGCGGGCGGCAAGCUUGGCAGGUGUACAGUUUCCAAGGGCGUUGCUGACGGGUGCAGACCUCACAGAUGCCGCAGGACUCAGCUGCAACCUCUCCGGUGCAAACUUUCGGAAGGCUAAACUGCAAGGUGUGCAGCUGCAGGAGGCCUGCCUCGACGGGGCAGACUUGCUGGAAGCCUGGGCCAGGAGCGCUGACUUCAGUCGGUCUUCCUUCGUGCGGGCUCGGUUGGUCAAAGCCGAUCUUGGUCAAAGCGUCCUGCUGCAGGCUGACCUCGAAGGUGCUGAUCUGUUGCUCACGAAUCUUGAGGGUUCAAACAUGGAAGAGGUCUCACUGCGCGAUGCCUGCAGUGUCGACGAGGCCAAACUGCAACGAGCAAAACUCCGCUUCGCAGAUCUGCGCGGCUCGGGGCUUUGCUUGAAGGAUGUCACCAGAUACAGCAAUGUACGCAGAGACAGGGAGCAAGUGCUGUUGGACGCAGCACUGCCCCUGACGUAA